AUGGGGGUCGUCCCGCCGUGGAAGUCGUCCUCGUCGCCGUCGUCGCUGCCGUCCUCGUCAUCGCCCGACGUCGCCGCCGCUGGACAGUCAGCCAGCUAUCCAAAAUCGCAAAUGGGGACUAAGACUUCGUCAGAGGAAGAAAAUUCCAAAGAUUCAUCGCAGCGCAAGGCCGAGUACAAGGGCAAGGACGUCACGGCUAUUCAGGCCGGGAUGCCCACAAGUGUCACGGAUGCCAUAGAGAUCACCAACCUAUCGACGUACACACUCGAAAAUCCGACCUUCGCGUUAAAAUGUGGCGUGGUGGAAUACGCCCCGCACGCAGAAAUCAAACCCGACGAGAAGUGCGCCUGCGGAUUCCAAAAGUACUGGAUCGGCAUCCAGGGCUGCCUAGGAGUGCUGCGCUACGCCAUCCGGGACACCGGAACGUGCCUGGACAUCUUCUUCAGUUGCCCGUACGCAGGCUUCCUUUACGACAGAACGGUCGGCAUUCAGCUGGAGAACGUGGGCAACGUCUACGUCGGAGCGUCGCGUCGGCUCCUGGAGGAGAUCGACAACCGCCAAAGUUCGAUUACAAAUUUCGACAAAAAGAAGGCAACGGAUGUCGUUGCCAAAGUGAGCAACGGCGCGAUGAAUCUCGAGGUGACGGCCACCAUGCUCGAUGAGUGGAAGUCUAUAAUCUACGUGCAGCUCAUUGACGUUGAACGGUGAUGUUCAGUUGUGCUGACGCAUCGACGAGUGUGGCGAGAUGUUAACUGCCUCGCCUGGUAUACAGGAGGUCGUGGGUUCAAUCCUGACCCUGACGCCUGCUGUGUAUUUGGAGUUUGCGUCUCUCUCUCUCUCCUCGUCGUCACGUGGAUUUUUCUCCGGGUCCUCCGCUUUUUAAAUCCUUUAUAUUAAGUUCGCUUGCGUGCUUGCUUCCUUGCUUGCGUGCUUGCUUGCUUAGGACCGUGCAAAUCUUUCGGUCGUUUUUUAACCCACUUCCCGUGAUCCAAUCGAGCUGACGUUUUCCACAC